UGUCAAUACUAACUCCUGUCUGUCACUGUGUAGAGUUUCCUGACAUGGAGCAGAGAGAGGUCACCCAUGAACAUAUGAAGCCUUACCUGCUCAAAGUCCUCAAGGAGAGAGCGGGCUCCAGGGCAGCUGAUGUAGACAUGACCCAGAGGGAGAUCACCCUGCACCUGGACACAGACUUUACACCUGGAGGUCGGCCGAUGGCUGGGCCUCGCUCGUUUGGGGAUUCCCACCCCAGUGUCCUCUUCCCCCCCGGUCAGCCAUCCCCUAACAACCUCCAGGCCAUCUGUCUCCAUAGCAGCCGUCGUCCCCGGUACCCUGCCUACUCCUUACCCCAGACAGGCUUUGGCUACCUUCGUCGUAAAGGUGACGCCGUCAACCGGAUAGAGUCCUGGUACAGRGCAUGUUGCCAUAGGAACGGGACACAGCAGGUCCAGGAAGUGACGCUGUGCUGCGUUACACAGGCGUGGGAACAGACCCUGUCCACUUUCUGUACUGAUGAGUUCUCAGUGAAGACACGCCACCACCACUGCUGCAAGAAACAGGGCGGGGCCAGACUGAGCUGUUUCCAUAGCCAAACCCCAAACCCCAACUACCUGCCGACCACCCAGGGGGCAGGCUCCUCCCCCAUACCUGAACCUGGCUUCACCUUUAACCCCAACACUUGUCACAAGUAAGGAGAGAGAGAGACCGGUUUACU